AAAAACAAAUCAACAUUAUCAAAAACCACACUGCCAUGAUGCCGACCACGGAGCUAUUUUUUGACAUUUAGAAUUUGCAGCUCAGCCCAGCGUAACGCCUAACCCUUACCAUUUCUUACAGUUUUACAGCAGCAGUAACAGUGAUGAGUGAAACUUUGGAGACAACCACAGAUACCCCCGCCGUAUGUGCCGAGUCUGGAGGUGAAAGCUGUCCAAAAGGAGAUGGACAGACAGUUGCUGGUACCACUGACUUGUGCUGGGAGGAUGCUGGUUUACCCAUGGAGCUACAGAAAGGAAUGGAAAACCUACGAGUGAACAGGGAGCUGACCGAUGUGAUACUGAGUGUGCAGGGAGAGGACUUCCCGUGUCACAGAGCCAUUCUCGCCGCUGCCAGUCACUAUUUCAGGGCGAUGUUCUGCAGUGGCCUGAGGGAGAGUCAUGAAGAGCGAGUAGAAAUGAAAGGACUGGACAGCGCCACCAUGAGGAUUCUACUGGACUACACUUACACAGGCCGGGCUCUUCUCACAGAAUCGAAUGUGGAGAGGAUUGUAGAAGCAGCCAGUCAGUUUCAGUUCCUGCGUGUGGUUGAGGCGUGUUCUGUUUUUUUGAGCAAGUCUUUACAUCUGGAGAGCUGCGUUGGCAUUCUGAACCUGGCCGAGAGUCACGGCAUCCCCUCCCUGAAAACUACAGCCCAGAACUUCAUCAUCUCCAACUUCACUAAGGUGGUGGCUCUAACAGACUUCCUGGAGCUGCCUGCAGACUCUUUAGAAACUGUCCUGCAAAGCGACGAGCUGAGCGUUACCUUUGAGGAGCUAGUUUUUGAAGCUGUGAUGCGCUGGGUGAGAGCCGAGCCCAGUGAGCGCAGUCCUCUGUUGGGGAGGUUACUGGCCCGAGUGCGGCUGCCGCUGUUGGAGCCGGCGUACUUUGUGAACAAUGUGGAGUCCGAUGAGCUCAUAAGGCAGUGUACGGAUGCAUUCCCACUCCUGCAAGAAGCACGCAACUUCCACCUGUCAGGCAGAGAGGUGGUGUGUGAGAGGACCAAACCGCGUGUCUCUCACUUCUUGUCCGAGGUCUUCCUGAUCAUCGGGGGCUGCACUAAAGAUGAGCGCUUCAUCUCCACGGUAACCUGCCUGGACCCGCUGAGGCGCAGUCGGCUCGAGGUGGCACGGCUCCCCUUCACUGAGCUGGAGGACGAGACCCAUAACAAGAAAUGGGUGGAGUUUGCCUGCGCCACGUUUCGCAAUGAAGUUUACAUUUCAGGGGGCAAGGAGACACAGAAUGACGUUUGGAAAUACAACGGAGCCCUGGACAAGUGGAUACAGAUUGAGUCACUGUCAAUAGCUCGCUGGAGGCACAAGAUGGCCGUCCACCAGGGCAAAGUCUAUGUGAUCGGGGGCUUUGAUGGAAACCAAAGACUUUCUAGUGUCGAAGCCUAUGACCCCUUUCAUAAUCGCUGGACACCGGUGACACCUCUUGCUGAAGGGGUGAGCUCUUUUGCUGCUGCCAGUUUUGAUCACUGGAUUUAUGUAAUCGGAGGAGGUCCCAAUGGAAAACUGGCUACAGAUAAGGUCCAGUGCUGGGAACCUGGGACGGACACCUGGGAGACACGGGCUCCCAUACCAGUGGAAACUAAGUGCACUAACGCUGUCACAUUCAAGGACUGCAUCUAUGUAGUGGGAGGAGCAAUGCAUGCGAUGUACUGCUACUCCCCCAGGUCAGACUCCUGGUCCCUGGUCACUCGUCUGGGGGAGCGGGCGAGCUGUGCCAUCGCCGCCUGCAACAACAAGAUCUUCAUCACCGGGGGGAGGGAUAACAAGAACCAAGUCAUCUCCGCGGUGAUGUGCUGGGACGUGGGCAAAGGACAGCUCACGGAGGAAUGCGUCUUACCCAUGGGAGUGUCUCAUCACGGCAGCGUCACCCUAAUGAAGUCCUACACUCAUAUACACAAGAUAUCCCAGCCUCCUGCAGGGAACCAGACAUGAACACUAAUCAGAACCACAUACUUGACUUUAUAUAACUGGUAAAAAAGGAUUUUUCAUUGUGCUGGCUCAUUAUCCUACAACAUACAGGUCAAUAAAGUUUGAAAAAAUGUUUGGAAAAUCUA